AUGUUCAAGCAAGACACCCACCUUCCUGAUUUGCUCUCAUCGACCUUCUCCUUAGAGAUUAGCCUUAUUCUUAUUAGUUUUCUCUCUUUACUUGGUAUCCUCGGUUUAAAUCUAUUCUUCAUUCUAAUUUACAUGGAUGUACAACUCAGUGAAGCAUCACAACAACCCAACAAGGAUGUUACGCAAAGGCUGAAGAAACUGAUGGUCGGUCUGCAAUCGGAGUUCAUAGGGCAUGAGUCCGCAAUAGGUAUGUGGACGAUUGUGGUGGAAGACGAUGGUGAUUGGUGGCGGUGUUAG